UGAUUCACAUUCACAUUAUUCUUCAUUUUUUUAAAAAAAUAUGACUAAUUGAUUUCCAGUCAUAUGGUUUUCAAUUGUUGAUGAUUAUCUUAUCCACCAAUAUUGACAGUAUUGUCCGUAAAUCCGAUAUUUUUGUCAUUGUUUUUCUAGAUGUUGUUAAUAACACCUCUGAUUGAACGCGUGAUCCUGUAAAAUGAAUUAUUUUGGCAAAAUAUUCUCCAAUAUUAGCCAGGCAUAUAGUGAACUAAAUCCGGCUACAUUGACCGGUGCUAUCGAUGUGAUUGUUGUUGAACAAGAAGAUGGCACCUAUCUUACAUCACCGUUUCAUGUUCGUUUCGGUAAAAUGGGCGUAUUACGAAGUCGAGAAAAAAUUGUUGAUAUAGAAAUCAAUGAUGAACCGGUGGAAAUACAUAUGAAAUUAGGCGAUAGUGGUGAAGCAUAUUUCCUGGAAGAAUGUGAUGAUGAUGAUGAUGGUAAUGAUGAUGAAGAGGAAGAGGAUAAAAUUCCAGCUGUUGAUGAUACGGCUGCAACAACACCGGAUGGCCAAACAAAUGAUCUUAACGAUAAUGAUAAUGAAGCAAAAUGUGAUAAACCAGUGCAAGACAGUAGUGUUGAAGCAUCGGCGGAAAAUGUAUCUGCACAAAAUGAUUUACCCGUUCCAAUUAAUGAUGAUUCAUCGGCCAUUGAACAUUCCUCCGCUACAAUAACAACAACUCAGGUUAUAAAUAAUAAUAACAAAAUCACCGCUAUUGAUCCAUCAUCUACUGAUUCCUCGACUUCGACACCAUGUUCGUCAUCAUCAUCCAAUCAAAAACGUACACGACGGAAAAAGAAAACCAAACACGGACAAAAGCCAUCAUUCACAGAAUUUUCCCGAAUUACCUGAUUCCAUACAGCUAAAUAAAGAACAAUCGAUCGAACAACAAUUAAAAAUUCCUAUCAACAAACAAAUGAAAAGGAUUUGCAUCCAUUUUCCGAUAGUGAAUAUGAUACUAAAAAACAACGAGAAUCAAUUUCAUCUGAAUGUUAUAAAUCGGAUUCGGAAAUCGAAACGUCACGAAGUGAAAAAAUAUCUAAUAAUCAAGAUUUCAUUUCUUGGGAUUGGGGUGAAUUACCACAUGUGAAAAAUGAUUCUACACCCAUUUUGAAUCAUACAAAAUCAUCAAUAUCAUCGAUGCCGAUAGCCAUGGCCGAGUUAACAUCUGAUCAAUCUAAAUCGAUGCUUGGUGGUGUUCUGAAUUUCAUGACCAAAGAACAAGAUGGUCCAAAUAGCAUCGACCCCAGCGGCACUAAAGAUGAUGAUAAAGGAAUCUAUCUUGAUGAACUAGAUCCUAAUGACAUGAAUCCUGAAGUAGCAGCCAAAUAUUUCCCGAAAUUUCGUUCAAGUUUAACAACUAAACCUUCUAAUAUUUUAACGGCUACAAGUAGUGAUGAUGACAUUGAAUCUGGUAAAGGUGCAUCGUUAUCAAAUUCGCCACGUAGUGCUGAUUUUAAUUAUCAACAACCAGAAACAUUACAUUCAGAUUUUGUUGAUCGUGUAAAAGAACAACUAAUGAUACCAGGUGAUCUAUAUAGUUUAAGUCGAAUCUAUCACGAUAUGUCAAUGUCUCUAUGUGGACAUGUGGAAGAUUUAAUUGAAAAUCCUGAUAAUACUGAAAGAUUUCUUCAAUCAAUCAUAUCAUUCGAUGAUUUCAAUGAAAACCCUUUACAGAUUCUUGAUAAUCCAAAUUUGGUAAUACGUAUGGGUUCAGAAUAUUAUACAUGGAAAAUGGCAUCAUCAAUGGUACUAUCAUUGCUCUUAUUUCAACGUCCAUUAUCGGAUAAAACAAUGCAAGUUUUAAAGGAAAAAUGUAUACCAAAAAAAGUUAAUAAUCAAAAUUCUCGUUCAUGGCGUUCAUGGUUUCGUUCACCAACACAAAGUGAAUCUAACCAUCAACAAUCUACUGAACCGGCAGCUACGACGACCAUUGAUAGCAGUAGUAAUAGCAGUUCAAAUAAUAUUCAUACAUCCGGAGCUAAUGUAACGCCGACAAAAAAUUCAAACAACAAUUAUUCUUCGAAUAGUAUCGAAUAUGUAUCGGAUGAUGAAACAUAUAAUUCGGUUAUAAUUUCAAAUAAUAGUGCAAGAAAUUCAACGACAAACAAACAGGAUUCAAACACUGGUACGAAGAAAAAAUAUCGUAAAGUAUUGCGAUUAAGUUCAGAGGUUCUAAAGAAAUUAAAUCUACGCCAUGGAUGUAAUAAGAUAAUGUUCAGUGUAACUACUGCUUAUCAAGGCACUACAGCUUGUGAAAGUAAAAUAUUUCUUUGGCGUCAUAAUGACAAAAUUAUCAUAUCAGAUAUUGAUGGUACAAUCACAAAAUCCGAUGUACUUGGACAUAUUCUUCCAUACAUUGGUAAAGAUUGGGCUCAAAUGGGUGUGACUAAACUGUAUGCAAGCAUCGGACAAAAUGGGUACAAAUUUUUAUAUUUAUCUGCUCGUGCUAUCGGUCAGGCUAAAGGUACAAGAGAUUAUUUGACAAGCAUCUGUCAGGAUGGUCAAUGUCUACCCGAUGGACCUGUAUUAUUGUCACCGACAUCAUUAUUUUCAGCUCUUCAUCGUGAAGUUAUUGAAAAGAAACCCGAAGAGUUUAAGAUAAGCUGUUUGAAAGAUAUACAAUCUUUGUUUCCAAUGAAUCCAUUAUUCGCUGGUUUUGGCAACAAAAUCAAUGACACUUGGGCAUACAAAGCAGUUGGCAUCGAUAUAAGCCGUAUAUUCACUAUAAAUCAUCGCGGUGAACUUAAAUGAAAAAUCAGAUCAUUUAGAUCAUCAUAUAAUGAAUUGAGCCAAUUUGUGGAUCAAAUGUUUCCACCAUUGAACAAAGAUCGAUUAGUCGAACCGCAUGAUGAUUUUAAUUCAUUUUUAUAUUGGCGUACAGAUAUACCAAUAAUCGAUGAUAAUGAAUUGAUUGGAUCAACAAAUGGAUUAUCAUCAGUACUGGCCAAAUGAUGAUUAUCAUUAUGUUAGCUAUAAUUUGUUGAUUUUAUUUUUUUUCUCCUUUUUUUUAAUUCAAUGUCGAUACAAAUACAUGAAUGUUUUCACAACACCUAUUCAUCAUUAAUAUAUGGUCUUUCAUAUCAGAAUCCACUGUCUUGAUUUUAUUAUUAUUAUUAUUAUUGCAAUUUUUAUUUUUGAAAUACAAAUCAUUUUAUUUGUUUUUUCUUAA